AUGUCCAGCGCGGUGAAAAGCGACCACCCGGUUGCGGCUGAGGUGUCGGCCGAGCUCAAAGAGGAGAUCCGCGAGGCGUUCGCCAUCUUCGACCGGGACGGCGAGGACAAGCUGAACGUGCGCGAGCUGGAGAUCGCACUGCGCGCGUUGGGCAUAGACGCCACGGACGACGACGUGGUGGCCAUAGUGGACGAACACGACCCAGACGGCCGUGGAUACGUGACGUGCGACCGGUUCACGGCGGCCGUGGCGAAAAUGUGGUCGGAAAACCGAGCCCAGUUCUACAAGCUCAAGGAACGGCUGGCCGGCGGCGACACGGCCGGCAACGGCAAGGUCAGCUCCGAACACGUCCGGCAAGUGGUCGCGGAAUUCGGUAAAACGCUCAACGCCGAGGAAAUCGAUCAGAUGAUCGACGAACUCGUCAGAGACGACUUCGUAGACUACACGGAAUUCAUGACCACAAUGGUAAGACCGCCAAAGCUCGGUUUAUUGUCUGAUAAGAAAAACGAUGACGCUGAAGACAAUAACGAUGACGACGACGACGAAGACGAUGAUGAUAAUGACGACGAUGCCAAUUGA